AUGGAAGCUUAUAAUCAUCUGCUCUACGAGGCAAUUAAGUAUGCAAAAGAAAACACCAGUGGAAAGGAAAAUGUACAACUUUUCUCAUUUCUUUUUUCAACGUUGUGCGCAACACAUAAAAAACUUUUUUCUUGCUUUCAUGCACUAAUAUUACAAAAUUCGGUGCGGAAACUUGCAAUGGAUAAACUCUUUGUUUUAUUUGGUAAAGAGAUAUUAAAAAUUAUUCCUGGUCGAGUUUCUACAGAAGUUGAUGCAAGAUUGUCGUUCGAUAAGGAAGCUCAAGUUGCCAAAGCACUGUCUCUGAUAAAACUUUAUGAAGAAGAGGGCAUUUCGAAAGAACGAGUACUUAUCAAGCUGGCCUCUACUUGGGAAGGAAUACAAGCUGGCAGGGAAUUAGAAACCAAGCACGGCAUACACUGCAACAUGACAUUGUUGUUCAGCUUCUACCAGGCUGUUGCAUGCGCUGAUGCUGGAGUAACUCUUAUUUCUCCGUUUGUUGGCCGCAUUCUCGACUGGAACUUGAAAAAUAAAGAGAAGAAAACAUACAAUCGGAAUAAUGAUCCUGGAGUUUUGAGCGUCAAAAAGAUUUACAAUUACUACAAAAAAUUUGGAUAUAAAACACAAGUCAUGGCAGCAUCUUUCAGAAACACAGAGGAAAUUAAGGGUUUAGCUGGUUGUGAUCUUUUAACUAUUAGUCCCUCACUUUUAAAAGAAAUGGACAGCGAUACUGAGCAGAUUGAAGUUGUUUUAAGCGUUGAUAAGGCGAAAUCAUCGGAUUUGGAAAAAAUAUCGGUGUCACAAGCAGACUUUCUCUUCCAGGUCAACGACGAAGCUAUGGCGGCAGAUAAGUUAGCAGAGGGAAUACGUCGUUUUGCUGCAGAUGCUAGAGCUCUUGAAAAGAUGAUUGACGAAGUUUUACACGGUAAAAAAUCCCAGUGA